UAUGACAUAUCGCUGAGUGAGAAAUAUAGAGGGAAUCAAAUCAAUCGCGACAUUUUCGCUGCGCAAACUUUCGCCUGUUUUGUAUGUGCAUAGUCGCUCAUUUAACCGGUUGAUUAUACACUUGGUGAUAGUAAUUAUUAAAAUAAAAACGUAGAUUCCACAUCGAUUCGGAACAAAAAGGGAAAAUUAUUCGUGGCAGAUUCUUGUUCGAGUAUUAAUCGAUAAAGAGAGCGAGAAAGAGACGACCAACCAGUACAACUGAACGAAGCAAUCAACCAAAACUGACAAAAAUGAUUAGUAGUCGUUGUUUGAAUACGGUGUUGAGUAGCAGUGCUCGUAAAAGUAGUCGUCUAUCGGCACAAAAUCACCAUCGUCAAUUUAGCAGUUUAUUAUCAACGACGGUUUCAAAGCCAUCUCAAUCGUCUGUCGACUGUGAACAAAGUAACAAACGAACAAUGGCAUCAUCAGCUAAAACAUUGACAUUGGAUUCAAUAAAUCCAAAUGUCAUUAAAAUGGAAUAUGCCGUACGUGGCCCGUUGGUCACCCGUGCCGGUGAAAUUGAAAAGGAAAUUAAGCAGGGCGUCAAAAAGCCAUUCAACGAAGUGAUUCGUGCCAAUAUUGGUGACUGUCAUGCUAUGGGACAACCAUACAUCAAAUUCCUACGAGAUGUACUGGCUCUUGUGAUUGAUCCAACAAAUUUCAACGAAUCGAAAUAUCCAGAAGAUGCAAAGAAACGUGCUCAAGCCAUCCUCGAUGGAUGCGGUGGUAAAUCGGUUGGUGCCUACUCCGAUUCAGCCGGAAUUGAGAUUAUUCGACACCAUGCUGCCGAGUACAUUCAGAAUCGUGACGGUGGCAUCCCUGCACGAUGGGAAGAUGUUUACUUGUGUGCUGGUGCAUCACAAUCCAUUAAAGCUGUGAUGAAUUUAUUGAAUAAAAAAGUCGAUGGAAAGAAUCCCGGAAUUAUGGUGCCAAUUCCUCAAUAUCCAUUGUAUUCGGCAACCAUUGCUGAAUUUGGAAUGCAACAAAUUGGCUACUAUUUGAAUGAAGAGACCAAUUGGGGUCUUGACAUUCCGGAAUUGGAGCGUGCACUUGGCGAAGCGCAAAAAGAGUGUGCACCACGCGCCAUUGUUGUCAUCAAUCCGGGAAAUCCAACCGGUCAAGUAUUACCACGCGAAAAUAUUCAAAAUAUCAUCAAAUUCGCACACAAACAUCACUUAUUCGUCUUUGCUGAUGAAGUUUAUCAAGACAAUGUUUAUGAAAAGGAAUCUACUUUCCAUUCAUUCAAAAAAGUCUUGAUCGAAAUGGGCGCACCGUACAACACAAUGGAAUUGGCCAGCUUUAUGUCGUGCUCAAAAGGAUAUAUGGGUGAGUGCGGUAUUCGUGGCGGAUACGUUGAAUUGAUCAAUUUGGAGCCACAAGUUAGAGCCAUGUAUCAAAAAUCGAUUUCAGCACAAUUGUGCCCAACCACAGUUGGACAAGCUGCUAUCGAUGUCGUUGUUAAUCCACCGAAAAAGGGCGAACCAUCGUACGAUCAAUGGUAUAAGGAGAAAAUGACCGUAUUGAAUUCAUUGAAAGAACGUGCAAAACUCGUUGCCGACACAUUCAAUUCAUUCGAAGGAUUCUCGUGUAACACGGUGCAAGGUGCUAUGUACGCAUUUCCACAAUUCAAACUGCCACCAAAGGCCAUCGAAGCAGCGAAACAAGCUGGACAACAACCAGAUGUCUUCUAUGCUUUCCAAUUGCUUGAAGAAACAGGAAUUUGCAUUGUUGCUGGAAGCGGAUUUGGCCAGAAACCAGGUACAUAUCAUUUCCGAACUACCAUCUUGCCGCAAAUGGAUAAGCUCAAAGAUAUGUUGAGCAAAUUUGAGAAAUUCCAUCAAAAAUUCAUGGCGAAAUAUAAGUAAAUGGAAGACAAAUCGAACCGAUCGGAACCGAUAUACAAAAUUAAUAUGAAAUUAUUAAGAUGUUGUUACUGAUGCUAAAGUGUUAAUAUUAAUAUGUAUUUCAAACAGUAUGCGUUUAUUUGAGCGUCACGUUUGAAAAGAGAAUUGAAAAAUAAAGAAACCGACACAUUUGCGGUAAAAUUAAGUAUUCAAA